AGCUCCAUGAGGACCCGGCAGGUGAACUUGCUGAUCGCGCUCGUAGCCGCCAUGCUCUUCAGCUUCUCCUGCUUCUGCAUCUCCAGGAUGACUCAAACCAGUAAUCAAUUAAUUAAUUGUAGAAAGCAUAUUUUGGAGUUUAAGGAAAAUAUACUACGUUUAAAAAACAAAACUGAAAGAAAUCGCCAAGAACUGGUGAAAGCCUUGAAUAAAAUGAAGUAUGAAAUUACACAGAGAGAAACUCUAUUAGCAGACUUAGUUGAGAAGAAAGUGAAUACAUCAGAUAAGAAUGAAACAGUAUCUAAUACAUUUGAAGUCUUAAAGUUCUUUUUCCCUCAUCUAAAGAGAGUAGGCAGAAUUUAUCCUGAUGUAAUCAUUGGCAAAGAGAAAACAGGCGUUUCCUUUGCGCUGGGCAUUUCCACUGUUAACAGAGGAAAUCACAGUUACCUGAAGCAAACACUGACCUCUGUUAUCUCCAGGAUGACUCUUGCAGAAGAGAAGGACUCUGUGGUGAUUGUCUCUAUUGCAGAUAGUAAUGAAGAUUAUUUAAAAUCUGUUGUUGACAUGAUUACAAAAAAAUUCAAAAGGCAAGUGAAGUCUGGAUCCUUAGAGGUCAUUUCAAUACCUGCCUUCUUUUAUCCAAACAUGUUACAUGCCAAACCACCAACUGAGGACUCGCAAAAAUUAAAGAGUUGGCAAAUAAAACAAGUUUUGGAUAUUUGUUUUUUGAUGCUGUAUGCCCAGCCCAAGGCCAUGUAUUAUUUACAGCUGGAAGAUGAUAUCAUAGCUAAAAAGAUGUACUUUACAAAAAUCACGGAUUUUUUACAUAAUAUCACUUCAAAUAAUUGGUUUUAUGUUGAGUUUUCAAUUCUUGGAUUCAUCGGAAAGCUAUUCAAAUCUGAGGACUUAAUUGACUUUGUACGUUUUUUUUUAAUGUUUUACAAAGAUAAACCUAUAGACUUGCUUUUGGGGGACAUUUUUCAGGUAAAGAUGUGUAACACAGGAGAAACAAUUGAAAAAUGUAUAGAACGAAAUAAGCAAAUUCGUAUUCGAUAUAAAUCUUCUCUUUUCCAGCAUGCGGGUAUACAGUCAUCACUCCAUGGAAAAGAACAAUAUUUCAAAAUGUACAAUGAAUUUGGAGACAAUAGAUCUGAGUUUGAAGCCUCAUUCUUAUCAAUAGAUGCAACAAUAUGGAUGAACUCUAAAACAUUAUGCUACAUGAAAAAAAGCCAGAUGCAAAAGACUGUAUACUAUAUGAUUCUAUUUGUAUGAAAUUCUAGAAAAGGCAGAUCC